GGUGUUAAAAUUUAUUCUCUACUCAAAACCACUGAUGGCUAACCAGAAAUAUGCGAGGUUACUCUUUAAGUAAUUAGCAGAAGUUUUCCAAAAAUCUUGUCUGCUUGCUAAAAGCUCUCGAAAACAUCUUUGAAUUAUAACCGACCAACUUUUGUUUGAUGCUCUCCGUGCUUCCUCCACAGACGAACAAAUUUUUGGUUUGUGCAUUGUCACAAUUUUUUUUGUAAAAUGUUCCAAAAAAAUUGGUAUACAUUUUUUUUGUAAGACGGUGGUCUUUUAUGCCAUUGUGACCAAUAAUUGACGGUGAUAUUGUUAAGUGCCUUUAUUUUUAUCAAGCAAUUUUAGACUGGCUGCUAAAUAUACCAAAUAAUGUCCGCCGCCGCCGAUAUCGAGAUCAGAGAGAAUGGCGGCAAAACAGAAGUCGUCGACUUGGAAUCGCCGAUGGACUUCUCGUUGAAGCAUCCGCUGGAACACCGUUGGACCCUUUGGUACUUCGAGAGCGACAAAAACCUGUCGUGGGAGGAGAGCCAAAAGAAAAUCACGUCCUUCGACACGGUGGAGGAUUUCUGGAGCUUGUACAAUCACAUCAAGCCGGCUAGCGAAUUGAAAACGGGCGCCGACUAUUCGCUAUUCAAAGAGGGAAUCAGGCCGAUGUGGGAAGACCCGGCGAACAAACACGGCGGCCGUUGGCUCAUCACCUUCGACAAAAAGCAAAGGAACACCAAUCUGGUCGAUAGAUGUUGGUUGGCCGUGUUACUGUGCAUGAUAGGCGAGACGUUCGACAAUACUGACGAGAUAUGCGGCGCGGUCGUCAACGCGCGAUACCGCGCAGACAAGGUCGGCGUAUGGACCGCCCACCGGACCAACACGGACGUCGUCCUCGACAUCGGACGAAAAUUGAAAGAAAAAUUACCGAUAUCGGAUCACGCCGUGUUGAAUUACGAGAGUCACGAAGAUAUCAGCAUGCGCAACUGCAAAGUGCUCUACUCCAUCUAAAACCGAAUUUGUAAAUACGUUCCUUUCGUUCAGUCAUAUGAAAAUUAAAUCGUUUUUCUUUUCCUUGG